CUUCAUACAGGAAAGUUUAAAUACAAUGAAAUACACUCUGGCGCUUGUGCUGAUGGCUGCCAUGGUGGCUUGCGUUCUGGCAAGUCGCUAUGGAGGUUAUGGAGGCGGCUAUGGAGGAGGUUAUGGAGGAAGUUAUAGUGGCUACGGAGGUGGUUAUAGUGGCUAUGGAGGCGGUUAUUAUGGCGGCUAUGGAAGAGGCUAUGUUGGCUAUGUGAGAGGGUAUGGAGGAGGCUAUGGUGGCUACGGAGGAGGUUAUGGUGGCUACGGAAGAGGCUAUGGUGGCUAUGGAUAUGGAAAGUAAUUCCUUUAUGACGAAAUUAAUGAAUAAAUGUUGGAGACA